AUGGUACCAUACAAAGGAAGCACCAAAAUCUCCAGCCUUUACCCUUCAACUCUGGCAAAGAUUCCACUGCCACCAGUGCCUCCACAGACCCCUCCACCAGUGCCUCCUCUGCUCCCUCCACCUGUGCCUCCACCACCCCCUCCACCACCCCCUCCACCUGUGCCUCCACCACCCCCUCCACCUGUGCCUCCACCACCCCCAGUUCCUUCUCUGACUCCUUCACCAGUGCCUCCACCGCCCCCAGUGCCUUCUCUGCCUCCUCCACCAGUGCCUGCACCGCCCCCCGUGCCUUCUCUGCCUCCUCCAUUUGUGCCUCCACUGCCCCCUGUGCCUUCUCUGCCUCCUCCACCAUUGCCUCUACCGCCCCCAGUGUCUUCUCUGCCUUCUCCAUCUGUGCCUCCACCGCCCCCAGUGCCUUCUCUUUCUCCUCCACCAAUGUCUCCACCGCACCCAGUGCCUUCUCUGACUCCUCCACCAAUGCCUCCACUGUCCCAGUGCCUUCUCUGACUCCUCCACCUGUGCCUCCACUGUCCCCAGUGCCUUCUCUGCCCUCUCCACCACCUCCACGGCUUUCAGUGCCUUCUCUGUCACUAUG